UAUACAUCACCAAAAACCAAAGUCAUGGCUGUUGAAACAACCCCAAAAAUUACUAGAAGAUCAGGAAACUAUCCACCCACAUUAUGGUCUUACGAUCAUCUCCAAUCGCUAACCAGCGUAUAUACGGGAGAGGAGUGCAUGGCAAGAUCAGAAGUUCUGAAAGAAGAAGUACGGACUUUGAUUGACAACGAAAAUUUAAAGUCCGAGAAUCCAUUAAGCAUGCUUAAUUUGAUUGAUUAUUUGGAGCGACUUGGCAUAGCAUAUCAUUUUGUAAAUGAAAUAAGCAAUGCCUUGGAAGAUAUGUAUGAAUGCUACUACAAAAGUCCUGAAAAGUGGAUUGACAUGGAUUUAAAUCUUAAAUCCCUUGGUUUUAGGCUCUUGAGACAACAUGGAUAUCAUAUCCCUCAAGAGAUUUUUGGGGAUAUGAAGGAUACAACAAUUGGUAUCGUCGGCAAGGGACACUUGAAUGAAGAAUAUGUUGUUUGUAUGCUUAACUUGUACGAGGCGUCUUAUCUUUCGGUAGAUGGUGAAUAUAUAUUGGAUGAUGCUAGAGAUGUCACAACAAAAUAUUUGAAUGCAAUUAAUAUUAGUCAUCUAGACAACAUUAUUAUUGAUGAUCGAUAUAUUUCGUCCUUAAUAAGUCAUGCAUUGGCUUUACCACUUCAAUGGAGGGUUGCAAGGGUAGAAUCAAAAUGGUUUAUUGAGGCUUAUGCGAUUAGAACCGAUAUGAAUCCCAUGUUGCUUGAGUUUGCCAGAUUGGACUACAACAUGCUCCAAGCAAUUCACCAAGAAGAUUUGAAAUAUGCAUCAAGAUGGUGGAAUAAUACAAGUUGGGAUAGGAAGCUGACCUUUGCUCGAGAUCGGUUGGCGGAGAGUUUUCUAUGGACAAUUGGUCUCAACUAUCGUCCUGAAUUUAGCAAUCUAAGAAGAACAUUAACAAUGGCUAUUGCCAUGAUUACAACCAUUGAUGAUGUGUAUGAUGUGUAUGGUAGUUUGGAAGAACUUGAACAAUUUACUAAAGUCGUUGGCAGAUGGGAUAUCAAUGUGAUCCAAGAACUCCCCGACUAUAUGAAAACAUGUUUCUUUGUACUCCAUAACACCAUAAAUGAGAUCGCAUAUGAAACGUUUACUGACUCAGGAUUCGUCAUCCUUCCUUACGUUGUGAAAGCAUGGGAAGAUUUAUGCAAGGGAUACCUUGUGGAAGCAAAGUGGUACCACAAUGGACAUAUGCCAACGCUCGAACAGUACUUGGAAAAUGCUUCGGUUACGAUUGCAGUUCCUUUAAAUCUCAUGCAUAUUAACUUUUCGUUACCAUUAGAAACUUGUUCAACUGAAGAAGUUUUGCAAAACAUGGAGAAAACCGAGAACAUGGUUCGCUACUCUGCUUUAAUCUUGCGACUCGCUGAUGACUUGGGAACAUCCUCGGGUGAAAUGGAAAGAGGGGAUGUUCCGACAUCGAUCCAGUGCUACAUGCAUGAGAAUGGGGCAACUGAAGAAGAAGCAAGAGCAUAUGUGCAAAUGUUGAUCUUGGAGACAUGGAAGAAACUUAACAAAGAACUUAUUGGGGGUACGGCUAAAUCUCUGUAUCUAAAGGAAUUUGCCAACUGUGCCGCGAACUUUGGUAGGAUGGCGCAAUUUAUGUACCAUGAAGCAGAUGGCCAUGGUGGACGUCCGGAUGUCACUAAAACUCAUAUCUUAUCGCUCCUUGUCAAUCCAAUCUAA